GGGUUGUCUUUAGACAUUUGACAGCUCAGCUGUGUUAAUUUCAAACAAAAAUAAAUAUUUAUCUGUGAAUGAAAUUCAGGUGUUUAACUUUCAUUUUUAAUAUUUAUAUAUUGUUUGUAAACAAGCCAUACCUAUAUUGAAUAUUGCAAAAAUCAUUCUUGUUGAUAUGGCUAGUAAAAAUGGGAAAGAUAUUAUACAAUACGUGCCCUUUAUGUCGUUUGUGCAUCCUUCAUUCUGGCAUACCCUGACAGAGAUGAAACUUGAUGUAGACAAAUUGAACGACACCACAAAACAACUUUUUGGGCGUUUCACGUACAGAGAGGAUAUUGGCUCCGUGUUUGAAGUGGACGGCACAUCGUUCAACAGCUCACCUCAAAGAGAACAAUUUUAUGAAAAUGUGAGAGGAAUUAUAAUGAAUAAAAACACAAUAGAAGAAUUUAAGAAUAUUGACAAAGCUAUAUUAUUGAACACUAUUGGUAAAACAAUUUGGGCAGAUGUAAAGAAAAAGACAUGGAUUAAUAUGCCAAAUAUUUUGUUAAACUUUGUUGUUCUUUCAUUCGCUGAUCUCAAGAAAUUUCAUUACUACUACUGGUUUGCAUUUCCCACUCCUAGUCAGCCCACAGUCUAUUUAAAUGAAAAAGCAAAAUUGAUAACAACUCAGUUCAGUUUCGAUCAACUUCAAUUAUUAGUCCAAGGGUACAAUUCAUUAGAUUCAAGUCAAAAAUCAUUCUUCAUAGUUACCAAAAGUGAUGAUAAGUUGUCAGUAAUUCCAUUGUCAAAUAUUUUACAACCAAACUGCAAUGAAUUAAGUCUUGAUUUAUCAGAUGUGUAUUUUGUGUUUGCUGAUCCAAGUAACACCGAUAAUCCUGGGUGGCCUUUAAGAAUUUUCUUAGCAGCUUUACUUGAUCAUUGCACAAAUCUUUCUGGGAAAAAUAUUCAAGUCAUUGGUUUGAGGUGCAAUGUUAAAUAUGAAAUUGCAAACAGUCUUGUUUAUUCUAUCUACAUUUCUCAGGAUAUUCAAUCAGCAGAGAAUGCAGGUUGGGUUGGAUGGGAGAGAAAUGAUAAAGGCAAUUUUGGCCCUAAACUGGCUAAUAUGUCAGCGUCAAUGGAUCCUGUAGUUUUAGCUGAUACGUCAUCAGAUUUGAACAUCAAACUAAUGAAAUGGCGUUUAGUACCUAAUAUAGAUGUAGAGGUGAUGAAGAGUACUAAAUGUUUAUUAUUGGGUGCUGGUACGCUUGGAUGUCAUGUGGCUCGUAAUCUGUUGGCUUGGGGAUUUCGUCAUAUAACAUUUAUUGACAACGGUAAAGUGUCGUACUCAAAUCCGACGCGACAAGUACUCUUCAAUUAUCAAGAUUGUCUAAAUGGAGGACGUAAGAAAGCUGAAGCAGCGGCCGACAAUCUUAAAAAUAUACUACCUACUGUAACUGCCAAGGGUUUAGUAGCUCAUAUACCAAUGCCUGGUCAUCCUAUUGGAGAAUCUCUUAAGGCCGAAACUAUAUCCAAUAUCAAGACUAUUACUGAAGCUAUCGCAGAUCACGAUGUGAUAUUUUUGUUACUCGAUACUAGAGAGGCAAGAUGGUUGCCUACACUCGUCGCAGCACAUUAUGGAAAGAUAGUAAUCAAUGCAGCGUUGGGUUUCGAUAGUUACUUAGUGAUGAGACAUGGAAUAGGUGGCACGCCAUCAGAGGGCGCGACACUCGUCAAUGCCACACACAUAGCAGGUGGACAACUGGGUUGCUAUUUCUGUAAUGACGUCACUGCUCCAGGGAAUUCCCUUAAAGAUCGCACUCUUGACCAACAAUGCACCGUAACACGGCCAGGCGUGGCGGCAAUAGCCGGGGCGCUUGCUGUGGAAAUUCUAGUUGGAUUGUUGCAGCAUCCUCUAAGGGUAGAAGCACCAGCGAUAUAUAACUUGAAUCAAGAAAUUGACACCAUAUCAUCAGAUAUGCAAGGUGUUUUGGGCCCCGUACCACACUCUAUCAGAGGAUUUCUCCAUUCAUACCAAACAGUAGUGCCAACAUGCGGGAAAUUCAAACAGUGCAUAGCCUGUUCUGAUAAUGUUUUAAACAAGUACAAAGAAGCGGGAAUGGAGUUCUUGUUCAAUGUAUUCAAUAGUGGAAAAUAUUUGGAAGAAGUAACUGGAUUAACAGAAUUACAAUUGUCUGCAGAAAUGACCGAUAUAUUGACAUUUUCUGAUGACGACGAUAAUGAAUAAUAGCGUAGUAUUACAAAUCCUCUCUCUAAGUCGACCAGACCAGA